UCUCACCCACCAGAGGGUUGUUUCUGUUUGCAGGUACAUCCCUUUUUUCCUGAUACUCUUCAUCUACUUCACCGGCUGCUUCACCCCCGUGGAAGAGGAGAGCAGGAUGCCGGUGGCUGCCUUGCUUCUGAUGGGGCCCAGCAGCCUUUACUACUGGUAUCUCGUGACGGAAGGUCAGAUUUUCAUCCUCUACAUUUUCACUUUCUUUGCCAUGAUGGCUCUGGUGAUGCACCAGAAACGCAAAGGACUCGUCCUGGACAGCAAUGGGCUCUUCCUCUUCUACUCCUUCAUCAUAACGCUGCUCCUCAUCGCUGUCUGGGUGGCCUGGCUCUGGAACGACAAGAUCCUCAGGAAGAAGUACCCCGGCGUCAUCUAUAUCCCCGAGCCCUGGGCGUUUUACACCCUGCACAUGAACAACCUCCACGCAGCAAAGGAAAGUUUAUAAGUUUUGAUAUUUUAGAGCGAUUUGAACCAAAAAAAAAAAAAAAAAAAGAAUCUAGUUUUUCUAACGUAGAUGUAUUU